UUGAGUGCUGCUUGUGAAGAUCUCCAUAAUAUUUUCAUGGGACUUUCAGUCUCCAAGCGAAUGGCAAUCAUUGCUGCUGAUCGAGAGAGACUAAGAAUUCGUACACCCAGAUCCCAAAGUAGUGGAGGUUCUCGACCUCUCUCCAGGGCUACCCAGAUAGUUCUCCAACGAAAACUGAAUCAGACUGAUCCCACUGACAUCAUGAAUGUGCAUUCAAGAGCAUCUUCUUCUAAUAGGUCAAGACGUCGCAGUUGGGCUGUAGAAUCACGAGUGCGACCUGCUCCUCAUCCAACAACCAAUAAUUGUGAAGUGGUUUCGGGGUGCCUUUCACGAUCAUCUGCACCAACAUCUCUUCCACUUCAGAGAUCAGCAAGUGCUGGAAGUAGUCGCAAACCAUGGCGGUAAUGAGGUAAUAGCUAUCGAACCUUCUCUCUUCUAAUUAUCAGGUAAAGGAAGGAAUUUGUUGAAACUUUUAAGAUAUCCUUCGUUUUUCCUUCUUAAGUGAAGGAAAGAAAUUUCUUUUGAUGGAUUGAAGUUAACUCACUGUCUUGUGAAAUUACUGUAACAUAGAUUUCACAGUUAUUUUAGCUGUUUUGAUCAUUGUUGAACUUUAAAAAUGCUUAUUUGUGAUGAACAUUAUUUAUACAUAAUUUUCUAACCUGUGUAUUUUUGAUUCUUUGUGUUUGGCCUUGGAUGUUAUUUUCCAUUUGCACUGGCUCUUUUUUCGUUUAGUUUUGUAAGAGUCUUAAAUUUUUGAAGACUUUGUGUCAAAUUAUUUAAAUUUGAAAAAAGUGUGCCUUAUCUUGCUCAUCUUUCUAUCUUCAAUUUUAUGUAUAGGAAAAUAAUGAUGAUGUGUCUUGACAGUCAUUAUAUUUUAGAGUUGAUGUUAUUAUUGUCCAGUGAUUUGUAAGUUGCUAGGGUAAUUAGAAUGCAUAUAGUUAAUUAAGACUUUUGUAAAUAUUUCAGUCCCUGUAAGCUAGGCCUUUUUAAUAUUAUUAUCAUAUUAUCAUUAUUAUGCAAAUUGUCAGUACUCUUGGCAAUAUUUGGAAAAUUGUUGCUGCUACCAUCAUUUGAACCUAAUUCACUGUGAAUGCAAUACACUGUUUUUUUCUAAUCUUGGUACAGUGAGGAUAUUGGGCAAUGGCAAUGCUAGGAUUUUAUUUCAAGGUGGAGGUGUUGCAUAUCUGCUCAUCUUCCACCUAUUACAUAGUAAAUACAUUAAUAUGUGUCAGUAAAAUGUGCAAAUGCACAGCACAAUCAGAGCACACAACUGUACAUUUUAGUUUUAGUAAUAUAAGUAUAUGUGAUGUUAAACUACAGAAGUCAUUGAGUAUCUAUUGGAAGUUGUAAUUAUAAAUUAUCGGUCCAUUUUAAAAUAGUUCGUUGUUAGUUGUGUUGUGGAGGCAGAGUACUCCUCAUCCAAACGUUGGAAAGGCAACGGAAGAGGCUAUUUUAUUUUACUGUGUUGUUGCUGCACCGCAAAUAAAUUGUGUAUCAGAAGACAA